UGCGCGAGACCGGAGCGACACCGGACAGAGCGGCUUUUCAUCCGGCGCGAGACCGCCUGCGUUCCUGCACCUGGCGCGAGAGGAGUUUGCGCGCGCGCGCGGACAGUUCUGGAGGAAUGCAGCGGUGCGCGCGGAGCAUGACUGGAGCAGCAGCAGCUUUUUUGUUUAUGUUCGCAGAUAACGGAUGUGAUGACUUUUCCUUUGCCUAAAAUGGAUCGAAUUGUGGUUUAACGGUCCCGGGGAGUCUCGUGCUGCUGGCACGCGCGCGACUCUCUUCACCUGCGCUCGCGAGGGAUUCGAACCUUUAUUCAGAAUCUCUUUGGAUUUUGGAGGAACUUUUCUGCGCGCAUGCACACCUGAUCAGGAGGGCGUGGAUUUACCUGCUGUGUGUGUGUGUGUGUGUGUGUGUGUGUGUGUGUGUGUGUGUGUGUGUGUGUGAGUGAAGAUGGGGUGUGGGUGCAGUUUGGGGUUUCCUCUGUGGAUCCUCGCGCUGCUGCUCAGAAUCCACGCGCUGCACUCCAAAGCGCUCGAGUCCGUCAUCUGGAACUCCAGCAACAACAAGUUCGUUUCUGGUAAAGGUCUGUUCCUGUACCCUGAGAUCGGCGACCGGCUGGACAUCGUGUGUCCCCGCGCCCCCUCCGGCGAGGGGUACGAGUACUACCGGUUGUACCUGGUGAGCCGGGAGCAGGCGGAGACGUGCAGCACCGUGCUGAACCCAAACGUCCUCGUCACCUGCAACAAACCCGACAAGGACAUCAAGUUCACCAUCAAGUUCCAGGAGUUCAGUCCAAACUACAUGGGGCUGGAGUUCAAACGCAUGCAGGACUACUUCAUCAUCUCUACCUCUGAUGGGACGCUGGAGGGGUUGGAGAUGAGAGAGGGAGGAGUGUGUAGCACCAGGUCCAUGAAAAUCAUCAUGAAAGUAGGGCAAGAUCCGAACGCCCCCGAUCGUGCGCAGACGGAGCCUCCAGACAGAAACGCCGACAACGAGAUCAAAAACCCACCGACCACCAAACCAGAGAGAACGAGAGAGCGAGACGAGAACGUCAUCCCACCCAACAAAGACUCCAGGAACUCGGACGCUCUGGGCGGCUUCUUCUCCUCCAAACCGGCGCUGUUCGCCACCAUCGGCGCCGGCUGCGUCCUCUUCCUCCUCAUCAUCAUCGUCCUCAUCGUCUUGCUGCUCAAGCUGCGCAAGAGGACGCGCAAGCCCAGGGGCGGAGUCUCGCUGUCGCUCAGCACGCUGGGUCAUCCCAAAUGCUCCGGCCAGUCCGGCUCCGAGCCCAGCGACAUCAUCAUCCCGCUGCGGCCCACCGAGGGCGGCUUCUGCUCGCACUACGAAAAAGUGAGCGGCGACUACGGCCACCCCGUCUACAUCGUACAGGAGAUGGGUCCUCAGAGUCCGGCCAACAUCUACUACAAGGUCUGAGCGAGGCAGACGGCCGCUGGGAGAGAUGUAAAGAGGGAGACGGGCGGAGUCACGGACCCUACGCCGCUUUUCCCAAAUGACUGAUUUGUCUCUCGGGCAGGAAGGAUGCAGACGGCGCUCACACGUGGUGAUACCACAAAGCGAGACUUCCUCUCCGAGAACAGGAGCCAUAGCUUUUAGCCAAUCACGGACAGGCUGCGUGGUGACGUCACAACUCAGGAAGGCAUCACGCAGGACGCCGCACAGAGAAGGACAUCUACAGGGCAGGAUGAUGUCACAGCGUGCAGUGAUGUCACAAUGCCGGACAGCACAUCCUCCCAAAAACAAAAAAACUGAGGCAGGAACGACGUCCAGCACAAUCGCUGCGACGCACGUUGUGACAUCACAAAGCAGGCAGAGCUCUCAGCCAAUCACGGACGAGCUGUGCCGGAUGCGGGAUGUAGGACGCGCUCCGGGACUGUUGCUUUUAGGUUCUUUUGUCAUUUUUGUAAUCAACACUAUUCACUCGGUUACUGAGCUGCCACAGCAGGCGCAUUCAUACACACACACACACACACACACACACACACACACGCAAACGCUCGUCUGUCAGCGGGAAGGGGUGUGAGCUGGUGAGAGUGUGAUGUGUGUUGAAAGAUGUCAGCGAUUGAGAAUAAACACUUCGCUUCACUUUUUUUAUUUGGAUAGUGUGCGUGUGUGUGUGUGUGUGUGUGUGUGUGUGUGUGUGCGUGCGUGCGUGUGUGAAUAAUAAAUGGAUCUGAUCACAUUAGUCACCAGUUUAGAUCUUAUCAACACCACAUAAACAGAAGCAGAUGUUCUCUCCUGAUUAUCAGAAAUUCGGGAUGAAUAAAUCGUUUCCUUCUAAACAUUAAACACUCAUCACGUCGCCGCCUCCGUCUUCACCCGCCGCGCUCACAGAGCCGCGUCCCAAACCGCCCACUGUGCCGCGUCCGGACGUCUCCGUCACGGAUAAACUAAACAUCUACAGCGUUAAAAUAUCCAUCAGAGACGGAGGGGCCGCGCCUUCAUAGUCACGUGAUCAGAAAAGGACCAGCUCUCAUAUUAACCACCUUACGCUGUAGAGACAAAAGUAUUGGGACACCACUUUCAUUACUUUUGUUAAAUUAAUGUUUCAGUUUUAGCCAGAACAGUUGUGAUACACGCAUUUAAGCACAAAUCUUUUUUACAAGCAAGUAAAUAAAUGUAUAGUUUAUAUAAUAAAUCGACUUGUGCCUUAAUAAUAAAAACUGCGUGAGCUCCAAAGCGUUUGAUGAAAGGCGUGAGUAAACGGACUGAAUUGGAAUCACCACUGUUACACAUACAUUAGAAUUCAGGGUGCUUGAUUUUUAAGGCUUUAGGAUAAAUAAAUAUUUAUUAAAUGAAAGAUUUAUCGAUCAUUUUCACGCUUUAAUAACGCAGCGUUACGAAGUCUGUGAUUAAAAAAACGCAGCUCUGUUUCACAUGGUUUCAUUUCAUAAGAAACACCAGCGCAUUCCAGCAACAUGUAGCUUAUUAUUAAUAAAAGUGACCGUUAUGGAGGGACGCCUCGCCUCUCUGUGGUUUUAUUUCCACGGUGGGAAGGAGACGUCGGUAAAAUCCUCGGGAUCAGUCAGCGUCCGAAACCAUCACAAACAGGAACGUCUUCGGUUACGUAGCCAUCGAGAGACGCGGCCUGGAGUUUGGGACGGAGCUAUAUCUCGACGAAAGACGAAUUAGUGUGAGAUUUCAACACAGACGUUUACUUAAAGCACACACACACACACACACUCUCACACACACACACACACACACACACACACACACACACUCACACACAGCUGUUUAGCAUUAACUGGACUCUGAGAUUCCCAUCUCGUCCUGAGUUAAGUUCUGCGGCGUGUGUUUAUUGUUCGGUGUUUUACUUUGUUUUGGUUGAUGUCGAUCUCUCUGUUUAAAAUCCUUCAUGCAGAAUAAAAACGUUUAUCAGUGUUUCA